AUGAAAAACCCACCAAGGUCCACCUCACUAGUGGAAAAAACAAUGGUCGUGGUGUUUACCCUAAAUGGUGGCUCGGAGUUGGAAUUUGGUGAAAUGGGUUGGAGAUUUUUGCUCCCAUUAACUUCAAAAUCAGAAACUAUGAAAGAUGGGUAA